UCGCCCGCGCGCUCGCCAGCCGGGCCCCUCGCGCCCUCUACGGCCUGUCACUCGUCGCCCUCCACCUCCACCUCCACCUCCUACUCCUCGUCAGCCCGCUUCAUGCCCGGCACCAUCUGGUCCUUCUCUCACGCCCGCCGGCUCGGGCCGGGACUGGAGCCCACUCUGGUGCAGGGGCCUGGCCUGUCGUGGGUGCACCCCGACGGGGUGGGCGUCCAGAUCGACACCAUCACCCCCGAGAUCCGUGCGCUCUACAACGUCCUGGCUAAAGUGAAGCGCGAGCGGGACGAGUACAAACGGAGGUGGGAAGAGGAGUACACUGUGCGGAUACAGCUGCAGGAGCGAGUGAACGAGCUGCAGGAGGAAGCCCAAGAGGCUGACGCCUGCCAGGAGGAGCUGGCCAUGAAGGUGGAGCAGUUGAAAGCUGAGCUGGUGGUCUUCAAGGGGCUCAUGAGCAAUAACCUGUCUGAGCUAGACACAAAGAUCCAGGAGAAGGCCAUGAAGGUGGAUAUGGACAUCUGUCGCCGCAUCGACAUCACCGCCAAACUAUGCGACGUGGCUCAGCAGCGCAACUGUGAGGACAUGAUCAAAAUGUUCCAGAAGAAGCUGGUCCCAUCCAUGGGGGGGCGGAAGCGGGAACGCAAGGCUGCCACCGAGGAGGACACCUCCCUGUCGGAGAGUGACGGGCCCCGCCAGCCCGAUGGGGAUGAGGAGGAGAGCACAGCCCUCAGCAUCAACGAGGAGAUGCAGCGCAUGCUCAACCAGCUGAGGGAGUAUGAUUUUGAGGACGACUGUGACAGCCUGACUUGGGAGGAGACUGAGGAGACCCUGCUGCUUUGGGAGGAUUUCUCAGGCUAUGCCAUGGCAGCCGCAGAGGCCCAGGGAGAGCAGCAGGAAGACAGCUUGGAGAAGGUGAUUAAAGAUACCGAGUCCCUGUUCAAAACCCGGGAGAAAGAAUAUCAAGAAACCAUUGACCAAAUAGAGCUGGAGCUGGCCACGGCCAAGAACGACAUGAACCGGCACUUGCACGAGUACAUGGAGAUGUGCAGCAUGAAGCGGGGCCUGGACGUGCAGAUGGAGACCUGCCGCCGGCUCAUCACCCAGUCUGGGGAUCGAAAGUCUCCUGCUUUCACUGCGGUCCCGCUUAGCGACCCACCGCCACCGCCAAGCGAGACUGAAGACUCCGAUCGAGAUGUCUCAUCUGAUAGCUCCAUGAGAUAGGGACCUACCUCCAGCCCUGCGCCCUGGGCCCCCACCCAGCCUGCUGGGAACUCAAAGAGGCAGAGGGGUGGGGGGGUUCACAGAAGGGGAAUGUCAUCCGUCCCACCUCCGAGCCUUGCCUGCAGGGGCUGGGGCGCUCCUCCCUCGGGCUUCCUGCCUUAGGCCUUGGCCUCCAGGGUUCUAAGGUGUCUGAGCGAGGCUCAGCCUGCCCUUCUCAGGCAGCUCCCACUACAGCUGGGGCUCUCCUGCCUUCACGCGUGGGCGUCUGCUACUUUCUCCUCUUCAAAAUGCUGCCAGAGCGGUGGUGGCCCCUUACUUUCUCCAUUGAGUAAGGAAUGUGAUGGUCAGAUCUUUCUUCCAUCUUCCUUCCAUCUCUGUGGCCUCGAGCCAGCUUACUGUCUUUGAUUCUGUACUGGUGCUAACUGGCCCAGGCACUGGUAUGAAGUGGAUUAGGCUGGUCGGUCCAGGGCUUGUGCCACAGGUGCAGUGGAGGGGGCUUCCCUCUGAGGGGCAGCUGCAGGGAGGCAGGACUGGACAGGGUGCUCUGUCCCCCUCCGUUGUCAUCUACCCAUGGAUGGCAGUGAUGGGGCUGUGACCCUUCCCUUGUGGAAGUGCCAUGCAUUGAAUGGGUCUUAGUGCCUCCUGUCUUGGUGGCUCCUGGAUCUGCCUGGGCGCCGGGAGGGAGAUGGAAGCUCUUGCUUCCCAAUGCUGAGUGGCAGAGAAAAAGGUGAAGCUGCCUGUGUGCAUGUGUGUGUGUGUGUGCGUGCGCGCGCGCGCUCAGGGUCUCAGUUUCUUCAAGCAUCAGCUGAAGAUGUGCCUCCUCCGUGUCUGAUGUACACUGAGAACAGCAGGCUGAGCAAAUGUCCUGGACUUGGAAAAGCUUGGGAGAAACUGGGGAGACAUGAAUGCGGGCACCUCAGCAGGCCCACCUGCGGGAACUGUGCUGAGCAGACAUUUGAAUGGAGUCUUUAAUAAUAAUGAAACUGGCGAGUAUUUAUUGAA